CUUAAUAAAAAUAAAAAAUAAAAUAAAAAAAUUACACAAAACCAAAAGCAUCACAUCCCAUCCGUCUGUCUACGCCGGGGGACGAAGAUGGAGAAUGGAUACGAUGGGAAAUUGGCGAGGAAAUUCGCAGGUCUAGGGUUAGGCUUAGGCUCAGGCUUGCCUCCCGUUGUCUCUACCGGCGAGCCUUCUUCCACCGCCACCACCACAAACAGUGACCACAACGACAGUAGCUUGUUUCAGGUCAUGAAAGCCGUCGAAGCUGCUGAGGCCACCAUCAAGCAACAGGUUGAAGAAAAUAACCGAUUAAGGACUGAGCUUCAGCAAAAAAUUCUCCAACUUGAGAAAUUUAAACUAGAUGCAUCAGUGGCACAGAGGUCUCAUUCUGUCGAUCACUGGUCUGAGCAUGUUCAUGGCUCCUACGAAGCUCAUCAGUCAGUUAACUCUGUAGGUAAUCAGCAAGACAGAGUUAAGAGCAUGGGUAACACAUCUGGAGUUGAUUCACCUGGUACACUGGUUCUCCGUCAUGAUUUGAAGCCAAAUAGUGGUGGUGCUCUACAAAGUAAUGAGGGGACACAGUCCGAAAGGAGCAAGAUUAAUGGGACAGUGAAGGUACCGCCUGGUCAGUUACCCACUGAUAAUGCUGGAUUCUCUUCUCCAUCAGCAACAUCCUUCUCUCCAAGCAGGUUUCAGAUUGAAGGGGAAUAUGAUCCAAGGUUCAAUAUGUCUGGACAGGGACUGAUGCAGAUGGCUGAAAUAAAUAAUCCUAACAGCCUCUGGAAGCAGAUUCGAGAACAUGAGGAAGAGAUUUUGCAGUUACGGAAACAUCUGGCUGAUUAUUCUAUAAAGGAAGCACAAAUACGCAAUGAAAAGCACGUUCUGGAAAAGCGCAUUGCUUAUAUGCGUCUGGCCUUUGAUCAGCAGCAACAGGACCUUGUUGAUGCUGCAUCUAAAGCUCUGUCCUACAGACAAGAUAUCAUUGAGGAAAACAUACGUCUCCAUUAUGCAUUACAGGAUGCUCAACAAGAGAGAUCAACAUUUGUUUCCUCUUUGCUGCCUCUUCUUGCGGAGCACUCUUUGCAGCCACCAGUUGCUGAUGCCCAGUCAAUUGUUAGCAAUGUCAAGUUUCUGUUCAAAAAUUUGCAAGAGAAGCUUUUGCUUACUGAGUCAAAGUUAAAGGAAUCACAGUAUCAACUGACACCUUGGCGUUCAGAUGUGAACAACUCAAACAUUGCCCCACAGUCACCAUUUCACUCCAUUGGUGCAGCAUUGGCAACUUCAAACAAAAAUGGGCUUGAAUUGGUUCCUCAGCCAACAUAUUCUCAUGGACAAGUACCAGUGUCUACAUCAGAUGCUCAGACAGGAGAAUGGGAUCUUGUACAUCGUCAUCAAAGUGGUUAUGGUGGUGUUGGAACAAGGAAUACGGAACCCGAUGACUUGGGGAGGUAUUCACCUCUUGCAAGCAGGAAUACUGCAACAAAUGAUAUGCCUGUGCAACAGUCUGUUACCAGGGGUGAUGCUCAUGUUGCUCAGUAUAGUGAAGAAACCACCAAUAAACAGGUGACAUUCCGUGACCCUGUCAGCAAUAGUGAGAUGGAUGAUCAAGAUGCUGAGGGAAACCAUAAUGAGAGAGAGAUGCCAGCCAAUUGGAGUUCAGUUAACCCUACUUACACAACAACACUUGAUGAUCCCAGUUCUUCGUUUUCUCCUUUUCUAGCACCAGUUCUUGAAGAACCUUCUUCUUCAUUUUCAGAGGUGGCAGAUGAUGAUCCAUUACCAGCAAUAGAGAACCUCCAAAUUUCAGGUGAAGCUUGGCCAGGGCAGGAGCUUCAAGCAUGUGGAUACUCUAUUAAUGGAACAACAAGUUGCAAUUUUGAGUGGGUGCGUCAUCUGGAAGAUGGAUCUGUUAAUUAUAUUGAGGGUGCAAAGCAACCAAACUACCUUGUUACUGCUGAUGAUGUUGGUACAUACCUUGCUAUUGAAGUCCAGCCUCUGGAUAACAGAAAGCGCAAGAAGAGGGAAGAAAGCAGAAGGAACGAGUGUUGACUGUUGUAUGGUUGUUUGGUAUAAAGGAUUGGAAGAGAACAAGAAAACAAUAAGGUUCUCCAACUAGGCCCAACAGAUUUGUCUUAUUCACUCUUAUAAGUUGUUCGAAGGUAAACUUGGAAAUAGUUAAUAGCAUGGAUAAUUUCACUACAUUACCUGUAAUAUCAAAUGACAGACAUACAAUAUUUUGCCAUCUUAUCUGUACACUACUCUUGUUCACAUAUGGUUCCUAUGCUGUCUGCUGUUGCAAUCUUCUUAGUUCUUAUGGCAGAAUCAUACAUAAUUGUCAUAUUGAUCUAUUCUGUCAAGUGAGGUUUUUCUUUCCCUUCCCUUUCUACAUCAAUAGCAAGCAGGGGAUAAUGCUCCCUUUCCUUUAGUUUACCAAAUAGAAAAGGGGAUUGACAAUCUACUUUUCAUCCUUCACAUUUUCCAAUUAUCCUAUGUUAUCGAUCUCCUCCCAAUUGUCUCUCUCUACUGCAUGCAUUGCUGACUAUGGCCACUUACAAGAUUCUGCUAGUCAUUGAUUUCUAAUAUCAUUUGAGCAUUUGGCAGUCGGUUAUGGUGAAUCCCAUUCUUUAUUUGCUAUCUAUGCGUACCUUUGAAGUAAUCAUCUGGUCAACUCACUAAUAAACAUUUUAGGUCCUCCUGAUGACAUAGAAGCAUGUCCUUUUCACCUUCUUGACAUGAUAGUUUGUUUUAACCUAAUAAUUAAUUGUAUGGCUAAAGUGUAUGUUUUACAUUUAUCUUUGUGACUUGCUGCAUGCUAUGUUUAUAAUUGUUACUGAGAAACUUUGGAGAUUUACCUGUUAACAACUUUUUAGUAAUCGAAAAAUUUUUAAAAUAAAAAAUGUUUAUAAAAAGGUUGUAAUUAUAAAUUAAUAAUCUGAGUCAGAAUGAUUGCAUACCAUAGGUCAUAAGUAAUUUUCUUUUAUGCACAUAGGUCAUAAGUCAUUUGCUUUUAUGCAUAAUAUGUACCCAUGAAACAUAAAUGGUACCAAUGUGGUGGGAGUUC